AAGCAUUCUGCACUAACACAACUUGUUCAAUAUUGCAAGAAGCAAACACUUUAGCAACGAAAUCAACGAAUUUACAAAGGAAUACAUUUGAGACUGAUCAAUGCUGUAGCAGAUAUCAUUAAAUUGUGAAACAGAAGCUCAUCCUAAAAUACCAGUGCAUUACUUACAACCGCUUAAAAUCAAAUCAAAGUGAUAAUUAAAGUGUGAAAAAAAACAAAUAGAUCAAUGAACACAGAAAUUCUUACGAGCACGCAUACGCCGAAAUGGAUCCGGAACACUGGAAUAGAACUCCUCGCCGGACAAACAGGAACUUCGACGGAAAACCAACCGGAUUCUGUCAGAAUUUGAAUGAGACAAUAAUGAAAUGAACCAGGCGACUAGAACCUCGGUCGAACCUAACUCGCAGCUAAUGUCCCUUUCUCGUUUCUAUGCGUGUGCGUGUAUGGCUGCUGGUUCAUUUUCCAGCGAGCUCGCCGGGCAUCGUCGAGGUGGUCACUGGUUAAGGGUGUGGUGGUGACGGAAUUUCUAGGGUUCAGCUCCUAGGUUCAGUGGGUGUUCGUUGAAGAAGGGACGAAGAAGGAGUCGAUGGGGGUCAUAGAAAGUCAGUGAUGGCUUCGAGACAAGAUGAAAAAACAAGGUACUGGAAAUAUAUUUGGUCUAUUUGUUCGCUCCUUAGGUCCUUUUGAUGAAGAAGAUGACUGAAGCCAUUUUUGUCUUCUCUCAAGUCAAAA